CCGGACGACUUUGAUAGCUUAAGUGUCUAAAAAAAAUAAUGGCAACCUUCCGUUGACAACAGACGACUACGAACGAGAACUGUCAGUUGAUCGAAAAUUACAUUCUGAAUUGCGAAAACACAGAUUAUAAACAGAUCAUAAAUUAUUUCGAUAAUCGAGAUGGCUUCUUCUAACAAUUCACUCGACACACUUAUCGUGAAAGCAACCAACCCUCUUGUUGAUCAACCUGAUCCUCUUGAUGUUGCAUCUUUUUGUGAGAGGGUAACUCAUGAAUCCGAUGGACCUCAAGUAGCUGUAAAACUUCUGGCAUACAGAAUCCAUUCUCCUCAAGAGAAAGAAGCCCUCAAUGCCUUAGCACUUCUAGAGCAGUGUGUCAAAUCUUGUGGGCCUUCCUUUCAUUCAGAGAUUGGCAAAUUCAGAUUUCUUAAUGAAUUGAUCAAAUUAGUGUCUCCAAAAUAUCAAGCGCACCGAACACCUAUCCAUGUUAAGCAAAGGAUUCUUGAAAUCAUUUACGCAUGGACAAUUGAUUUGAAAUCAGAGCCUAAGAUACAUGAAGCUUAUGACAUGUUGAGGAAGCAAGGUGUUAUUAAAGAAAACCCCAGUUACACUGGAUCCAACACUGUCCAGCCUAUUAGCCCUGCACCAAGGGAAAAGAUACCAUUUUGUGAUAAUUCAGAAAAAGAUGCUUUGCUACAAAAGUUAUUGAAGAGCAAGGAUCCAGAGGAUCUUCAAGCUGCCAAUCGCCUUAUUAAAAGCAUGGUUAGAGAAGAAGAAAAUCGGAUAGAGGCUGCAAGUCGACGACAACUAGAGAUAGAAACAGUUAAUAGCAACAUCCGUUUGUUAGAAGAAUUGUUGGAUAAUUUUGAAGCCAAUGGUGCAACAGCGGAAGAAAUGGAACUUUGCAAAGAAUUGGCCAGUAAUUGUGAUAAGCUGCGACCAAACUUAUCAAAACUGGCCACGGAAACGGAUGAUAAAGGCGACACUUUAGCCGAUAUUUUACAAACAAGCGAUGAAUUGAGUCAUGCUCUUGAUCGAUACGAAGUAUUAGUACGAACAAUGCAACAGCCCAUUCCGCCUUCUCAGCCACAAAGAGCAAGUCUUGAUCUUCUUGACCUUGGCCCCAUGGUACAGCCUCAGCCAUCUCCCCGGAGUACUCUAGACGAUCAGUUGCUUUUAGGACUGGACGAUUUCGCUCCGCUGUCACCUUCCAUUAACCUUUUGCAGCCUCUGAAAUUUGAUUGUGCUGGGCAAACACCACAACGCACUCCUGAUGUAAAAACUACCGAGGAGGUAACUGCAAAACGUGGUCUGGAAGAUCUAGAUGUCCUUGGUGAAGCUCUGAUGAAGCAAAACCUACCUACAAGUGCGAAGCAUCAGUCAAGUUUCCAAAAACCCGUUGAAAGAGUUCCCCUUAAUGAAUUGGCUAGGAAAAAAGUGCAGAACGAAGGGAACGCAAUCAAAGAAAAUCAGACUCCCAACAUUUUAGUUCGAUCUUCAAAUGAAGAAGUCAGGACUCCUUCAACUGUCACCAGUCCCUACAUUCCAAUUGAGUUUGAUUUGUUGAUGCAAAAUAGUUUGCCUGUAACGGUCAAGCCUUCUGCGUCUCCCUGUGUCACUAACCCGCCGACCGAAGCUUCCACUCUAACCUUACUGGUGCCGUUUACGGAAACAGCAGUCAAACAACUAAAUGUGUCUGUUGGUAAACAACCGCGGCAAGAUAGCGACGUCUCUAUGCUGGACACUGGCAUUUCGAGUAAUGAAAAUAGCAUUGGAGGUAACGAUGAUGUUCAACUUCUACAUAGCCCUCCAAUCAGCACGACUUCUGUUGCUCCAGGCCCCGCUCCAAGCUUGUCGGAUGUUUUCUUGAAAUUGGAAGACAUUAAACCGAGUUCAAAGAGCCCAAUAGCUUUGUUGACUCAAGAUUCUGGGUUAAACAUUAGCUUACACUGUGCAUUUGCUAAUGUCCCCAAGAAUGUUUCUGUAUUCGUGCUGUCUGCCACUAGUCGUAGUGCUUCACCGCUGACCAAUUUCACCUUCCAGGCAAUAGUUCCAAAGGGAAAUCGAGUAAAGCUUCAACCGCCAUCUGAUAACAAAUUGCCUGCGUUCAACCCGUUUCUCCCUCCACCUGCUAUCACUCAAGUCGUGUUACUCUCCACCGCCGGCCUGAAUCUCAUUGAGCUUAAGUACGUUGUCAGCUUCGAUAUGGACGGUGAAACAAACACUGAAAUGGGAAGCGUGCCGAAUUUAAAUCUUUGCCCAGAUGUCGUUUGAGAUGAAGAGAAUUUAUGUUUCAAAUGUUUUUAUAUUAUUUCUGUUUGAAAGCGUAACAAGUAUUUGAAGUUCUUGCUAAUCGUUUAAAGUACCUUAUGCGUACCCUUCAAAAAUUCUAUGGCAUUGUAAUUUCUAAAGUUUUCUCAUUUCCUACGAUGUUUACUUGAGUAGUCUCUGUAACAUCUCCUUAUUGUGUGCAGAUGCUUUGGAAUAAACGCUGCGAGAGCUAGUGUUUAAAAAAUGGGCUCUCGAUGCGGUUUUCCUUAUUGAUUACUUACAACUGAUUACAAUACUUAUAGAUGUUA